GACGAAGUAAAUUGGAAAUAUGGCGUCGUUUGGCAAGGGUAUGUGGAAUGCAGGAUGUUUAGAAACGGCUUUUUCGUCCUGCAAAGGAAAACCAGUUCUUGCAGUGUAUAAGGGCCUUGAACACGCAUUAACUGAUCCAAACAAGCAAUAUCGUGACAAAGUAAAUGCCCUGUUAUCAGCCUGGGAACAUGUUUGUGCACUGCUACAAAAUUCCACUGCAGAAGUCAAAAAUAGUAUGAUCCAAUGGAUAGUCAGGCACACCCUGAAUGUUGUUCUACGCAAGCAGUGGCCUGGAAGUUCAAGAGCUACAAAAACACAUUUGAUUGUUAGCUUGAAGAGAUGUUCAUCGUUACUCACGGGAUCUAAUGCCCACAUGUGCCAUAUUCUUUCUGAAAUGGUGAACAAGCCAUGGGCUCAUCCUUUACUGCGAAAAGUCAUGGAAGAGUCUGAGUGUAUCACUGAAGAGGAAGGUGAGCAUCCAGAACUGAAAUUAACAUAAAACAUUCAUCAGUCACUCAGAAUUAUGUUAUUAGUAUGUAUGAUGACAGCAGGUCAUAAACUGAGCUGUUUACCGUGGAGCUU